AUGGCAGCUAUGGGAGAGAUCGGGACGUUUUUACAGAGCCUGGAGGGUUUCGGACAGGUCGGAUCACAGUUCUUCCUACCACCUCUAGGAGAAAACCUCGGGCUGUUGAAUGAUCAUUUAGUUCCAGCAGAGAGACUGUCACGGAGCACCUCCGCAGAUCUAACGCAUUUGAAAGGGAUCCUGCGGAGAAGACAGUUGUACUGCAGGACUGGAUUUCACCUUGAAAUACUCCCGGAUGGCAGCGUGCAGGGCACGAGAAAGGACCACAGUCGUUUUGGUAUUUUGGAGUUCAUAAGCCUUGCAGUUGGAUUAAUAAGCAUCCGUGGAGUGGACAGUGGUCUCUACCUUGGGAUGAACGACAAGGGAGAACUUUACGGCUCUGAGAAACUCACAGCAGAAUGUGUCUUUCGUGAGCAGUUUGAGGAGAACUGGUACAACACAUACUCUUCUAAUCUCUACAAGCAUGGGGAGAGAGGAGCACGAUAUUUUGUGGCUCUCAACAAGGACGGCACGCCACGUGAUGGGACAAAAUCUAGGAGAUAUCAAAAGUUUACUCACUUUCUUCCAAGACCAGUGGACCCUGAAAAAGUUCCAGAACUUUACAAAGAAGUGCUUGGACACAGCUGA